AUGUCGGCCGGGGGCGAACACCUCAAGGAUGAGGGCACGCGACGUCAAGUCGUUCUCUCAGGUGGAAUCGCCGGGCUGGUCUCGCGAUUCUGCGUCGCCCCUCUAGACGUCGUCAAGAUCCGCCUCCAACUGCAGAUCCACUCCCUCUCCGACCCAGCCUCCCACCGCGAUGUAGUCGGUCCAAUAUACAAGGGGACCCUCUCCACCAUGAGGGCGAUCAUCAAGCAAGAAGGGAUAACAGGCCUCUGGAAAGGCAACAUCCCCGCCGAACUCAUGUACGUCUGCUACGGCGCCCUACAGUUCACAGCCUACCGCACCACAACCCAAGUUCUCGCACAACUCGAUCCGCACCGUCUCCCGCCCGCCCUGGAAUCUUUCGUCUCGGGCGCUGUAGCCGGCGGCCUAGCUACGGCGUCGACGUACCCACUCGACCUGCUGCGAACGCGCUUCGCGGCCCAGGGCACCGAGCGCAUCUAUACCUCGCUGCUGGCGUCGGUGCAGGACAUUGCGCGGAAUGAAGGGCCGGCGGGAUUCUUCCGGGGCUGCAGUGCGGCGGUUGGUCAGAUCGUCCCGUAUAUGGGGCUGUUUUUCGCGACAUAUGAGUCGUUGAGACCGGUGCUGUCCGGGCUGGAAAACAUGCCGUUCGGGUCCGGUGAUGCCGCUGCAGGAGUCAUUGCCAGUGUUCUGGCCAAGACUGGGGUGUUUCCGCUUGACCUCGUGCGAAAGCGACUCCAGGUCCAGGGCCCAACGCGCACACUGUAUGUGCAUCGCAAUAUCCCCGAAUACCGCGGCGUAUUUAGCACCAUCGCUAUGAUAGUGCGUACCCAGGGAGUCCGGGGCCUCUACCGGGGACUGACGGUGAGUUUGAUCAAGGCCGCACCAGCAAGUGCCAUCACCAUGUGGACUUACGAGCGAUCUUUAAAACUCCUCCACGACUUCCGCGUCGCUGAAUGA